AGUAUUCUGUGGUUAAAGUUGUAAACAGUUUGAGUUUCUAACCUUAACGGAUGAUCCGUUAAAAAUUUGAAUUUGUGUAGUUUUCUGUUUAUAAUUCAAAAAUAUUAAAUCUUCACAUCCUUAAGAAAUAAUGCAGAGUGUAAAAGUUGAAGUGGUUUUAAAAAAAGUCAAAGCUCCUCCCAAACACACAAUUCAACAAUCUAUAACGACUUAUUUAAAAUGUAACCAUAUUAAACCUGGUAACGUUAUAAGAUCUUUUUCUGACGCGUAUUUACAAGAUUUUGUGGACUGUAUCAUUAUCGACGAUGUGCCCUAUUGCCCGAACAUGAUGGAUGUUACCCAAUUCGAUAUCCAUUGGUAUAUUUACAGUCCUGAUCAUUCAAGAUCCAUGCUUCAAAAUGAAUCCACUCCGGAUGGGACGAUUAACAUAGCAACACAUUUAAUACUACCAAAUAUCGAGUUGAUAAAUUCUUGGGAGAAUUUACAUUAUGAAAGUGAAAUUAAACAUAAUCUUCUUCGAUACGCUCAUACUAUGAUGCAAUUCUCAGAUAGCGGGAUAGACAAUAAUAUCAUAACUUGCAAUAAGGUAAUAUUAUUACAUGGACCUCCUGGAACAGGGAAAACAUCCUUAUGUAAAGCCUUAGCUCAUAAAUUAUCCAUUAUAAUGCAGGAUAGAUAUUCUUCAGCCAUAUUAGUCGAAAUAAACAGUCACAGUUUAUUCUCAAGAUACUUUUCAGAAAGUGGAAAAUUGGUGACAAAAAUGUUCUCAAGCAUAAGGGAAAUAAUUGAAAAUGAAGGUAUCUUAGUUUGUGUGCUGAUAGAUGAAGUAGAAUCUUUAGCUCAUGCUAGAGAUCAAUGUUUAUCUGGUGUAGAACCCUCUGAUGCAAUUCGAGUGGUAAACGCAGUUCUCACACAAUUAGAUCAAAUCAAAACAUAUCCAAAUGUGCUUAUACUAGCCACAUCAAACUUGACCAAAUCAAUUGAUUUGGCAUUUAUAGAUAGAGCAGAUAUCAAACAAUAUUUAGGGUUACCUAAAAUUCCUGCAAUAUACCAAAUCUACCUCUCUUGUAUUGAAGAAUUGCAAAGAACCAAUAUCUUGGAGAAAAAUGUACCUCUUGCAUCUGUCAACACUGUGAUGAAAACUGAGUGCAAUAAACUAGACAAUAAUUCAAGAAAGUUAAUGGAAAUUUGUGAGAGAAGUGUUGGUUUAAGUGGAAGGUCGUUGAGAAAAAUCCCCUUUAUAGGACAUGCUUUAUUUUCAGAUAUUAAGAGUAAAAAUGUUGAAGACUUUUUGAUAUCUAUGGAAAAGGCAGUUGAAAAAGAAAAGGAUGAUAGAAUCAAUAUGUGAAUUUAUUGACUCCAAUGAGAUUAUUUUCUUCAUAAUAAGAAUGGUUUCAUUCAUAUAUGUAUAUGUUAAUACAUUAAAUUAUCGUUUAGAAAGAAUUGUAGAUAAGAAUAUGUUAUCUAAUAAAACAUUUAUUUUUAAGCAGAAAUUACAAUAGCAUUCAAAUUUUUAAAACUUCAAUAUGAAAUUCUGCAAAUUCCAACAUCAAAUAAACAAAGUUUUCCAUU